GAUGGUUAAGAAACUAUGGAUUCUAGUUUGAUCGGUUCUGCUGUCGUGUUCGGUUUGAAUUUGUGCUUGGGACGGAAAACUCACCGCAGAGGGUACUAGGCUGUGAUUUUUCAUGCAGAAAGUGUUUCUAUCAACAUUUUGAUCCGAUUCGUAGUGCGAGGGAGUACUUCACUUUUUUCUGCAGUACAAGUCACACGCAGUAGCGCACAGGCCGACGCUGCCACCCCAGGCCACCCGGAGAACCGGAGAACGGGAGCGAAGAGAAAAUGAAGUUCAGCAACUGUAGCCGCGAGCAGAGCCAGCAGAAUCGAAGUUGUACUCGUCGGAGUGAAACGUGAGUGCGCGGAGCGUCGUGACCCGUCGUGACUGCGUCAUAUUCUGUGGUGGCACCCCGAGCCAGCGUUUUGGGCCAUAUUCCUGGAUGUGCGGUGAAAAUUGAAAAUCUUCCGCACAGUUCGUUCUGAAUAGACAGACACACACGCACACCCGAGUUUUCGGACCCUGGCCAAAAGUCACCAGAUCCUGCGGGAAAGGUUUGCUGUCUCGAAAACGAUGAGAUUGGCACUGAAGGUCCAGAAAGUGAGCGGUUCCCGAAAGUGGUGAAAAUUAGUGAGUGAGUGUUUCGAAGAAAAGCGGCCAGCCUCGGAGGAAAAUAAGGGGGGGUUGCACAGUCGUUCGCUACGGCACCACUAUUAUUACGGGCGAAUUGGGUGUGUGUUUUGAUUAUUUUUUUUUUCGUGGGGCUCUUGGGCUGAUUACGACGACGACGACGACGACGGCGACGGCGACGCACGUUGAUGGUCUGCUGUUUGUUCUAGUGCAUAACAGGAGUCUUGAAUUGAAGUGUUGAGUUGAAGGUGCUUCGGAGUUCGGAACAAGUCCUUGGCUUUGUAAGGUGUGUGUAUUGAUUGAAGGGCCGCUAGUUCAGGUUAGGCACGUACAGCACUCGGAGGAAGAAAAGAAAAAAAAAACGUGGUGUGUCCCGUUUUCGGCCUUCCCAGCCGCCGUAGCGUGCGAUGUUUCAUUGCCCCGUGGAAAUUGCGAGUGAGGUGCGUGUACCAAGGAUUGAGUUCCCGUAGUGGCACUUAGUGGUGAAAGGCAGUAAAAAUUGUUUUGUGUGUGGCUAGAGUGUAAUGCUUCAAGUGUCUCUCGUGUCUGGCAGGAGCAAAAAGGAAAAUCAAUUCUACAAAUUGUGUACUCUGCUGCGAAUCCGAGAAAGUUGAAUUCAGUCUAGUGUCUAGGUUCUAGGCGAAAAUCUAAACCGGAAGAUUUUUUUUCGGUGUGUGUCUGAGCGACUCCGCAGUUUUGUAGCGUCCCGAACCGGAAGUGAAAUUUUUUUCGGUGUCGUUGCAUCGGUGAAACCUCGGGGUGGAAGUGAAGUGAAGUGAUCUCAGAGCCGCCGUCAUGGAGCAGCCAGCGCCGUCGUUCCUGGUUGAAUUGCUGCACUCGGUGCCGCACAUCAACAUCACCCUGCAUCGGGUAAAUGACACCUUUAACCCCAACAGCACCAUCUACAUUGAGAGCUUGGGCAUUCUGGCCUCGAUUCCGGCGGCCCUGCUAAUCAUCUCGCUGGUGUUUCUGCUGCUCUACCUGCUGACCAGAUGUUGCGAUCGGAAACCACGGAAACCGAAAUCGCACGGUUGCCAGAAGUGCACUUUGAUCUUUUUCGCGAUCGUAUGCUGCGCCGCCAUCGGCCUCGGUCUGUACGGGAACGACGAUCUGCACAACGGCGUGCUGCAGAUUUUCGGAUCGGGCCGGAAGAUCGAACAGCUGAUACUGAACGUGCGGAAUCAGACCGAGAUGGUAAAGCAGAAUCUCAAAUCUAAAGUGGUCCUCUCGGAGCUGGAGGCCAAGUUCGAGCAGCCACCGCAGCUGUACAACCAAACCGCCCAGUACCUGCUCCAGGACACGGUCAAGAUGGUGAAGGACAACACGACCCUGGCCAUCAACGCGCUGGAAACGGUAGUCUACCUGACGAGGCCCUCCUACUCGGAUAUGACGCUGAAAAGUUUACUGGAUACGUACGAAUUUUACGAGGAACUACGAUGGCCGGCGACCCUAGGAUUUCUGACCUUCCUGCUGCUAUUGUGCAUCAUACUGGUGAUCGGAGCAACCCGGAGCUCUCGGUGUGCACUGAUUUUUUUCAGUGUGUGUGGUCUUCUGGCAGUAACGGUUUGCUGGCUACUUUCCGGCAUUUAUCUGGCCAGUGCCGUGGCCCUGGGAGAUUUCUGCAUGAAACCAAACGAUUUCAUCUGCAGUCAGCAAAAACUGAAAGAUGUUCAGUACACCUACUGCAGCUCGGUCGGCACCAAUCGCUACGUUCUACGGCUGAACGAAUCCAAAGACUACGUCGACCGGGCCAAGGAAUCACUGGAGACGGUAACGCGUAUUGCCAUCGAUCUGUAUCCGCGUUUCGAGAUGAGCUCGAAAAUCAAUCGCCUGAAUGGGGAACUGGACGACAGCAAGCGGCAGUUGAUUGCACUGUCGGCCAUGGCUGACCGGCGAACCGUCAUGGAACACUAUGCCAACGCUACCCGGGGCCUAUGCGAAGGUGGCCUACUGGGACUAACGCUAAUGCUGCUGGCCAGCCUGGUGUCGGCGGCCAUCCUCAGCCUACUGGUGUGCGUCGAUUCGCACACUUGGAUUUAUUUAACGAAAAAACGACCCUACGAGGACAAAUCGGAAACGACACCGUUAUUCCCGGCCAGCGUAGCGACGGCCUCGCCGGCUGCCCCGAUCAAUCCGGGAACGAUGACGGUGAAUCGUACGUUGCUGCACGCACAGGCGGCCACGACCAAUGGCAGUACCGGGGGGCUGAUACCGAGCAGUGGCCGCAAUGGAACCACACACGGAUUGCGCGGGUUGGUGGCAUCCUACAGUGGCGAUGAGUCACCGCCACCAGAUUAUAAUGUUGUGGUGCAUGAUAACAACAGAGCAUCCGGGCAUCACACGUUGGGCCGCCUUCCGUCGCAGCACCAGAACAACCUGAGCGGGCCGAACAACGGGAAAUACGCUACGCUUAGUAAACAGUGUAAAACGCUCGAAUCGAGCGAUUUCUACUGAGAAUCGCCUGCCUGCAAUCAGUCUGCAGGCAGCAAUAAGUUAG